UAUUGCGAUAACCUCGGACACAUCCCAGUCUAAAUAUCUAAAUUACUGUUGUACCAGUACCCGUUCGAAUACGUAACUUAAUGUAAUUUUGAGUUUUGGUUCGAUUCAUUUUAUUUUUGUUUUGUUUUACGCGGUUUGUAUAUAAACAGUUCAAUCGUCGGUCGUCUCUUUGUGCUUCUUAGAAUACAGAGUGAGUAAUGAACAAUCAACUUUGGUUCGUACGAGCGCUGCUAACAAUUGCUCUUUUCACCGAAUUAUCGAACGCAACGUGCACCUCGAGCGUAGCCAUAACUACCUGUUCGUGGGACAGCCUCAAAGAGCACAAACCUCUACGCCUUGACAACUACAAACAAUACCUCAGCAUUUCCAAAGGAAACUUGGAACUAAUACCGAGCGACAGUUUCAAAUUUCUGCCGCAAUUGGCGAUUUUACAAGUGAAGUACAACAAAGUGCGAAAAUUAGACGACGACUCGUUUAAAGGACUUAACGCUCUCCAGGAGCUCAAUCUAUAUGACAACAGGCUCACAUUGAUCAGUAGCAAAGUUUUUAAAACACUGCCUCUCUUAGAAAAACUUGACCUAGGCAUGAAUAAAAUAAGCAAUAUUGAAGACGGAGCUUUCGAUAGCCUAUCAAAACUGAAGCAUUUAAAUCUAGGAUUCAAUAAUUUAAAAGUUAUACCAAAAACAAUAAAUUCUCUCAUUAAUUUACAAAUUUUGAAUUUAAAUAACAACCAAAUAAGUUCACUCAAAGCAAAUACAUUUACUUCACUGAAGAAACUCGAAACCCUUCAAUUAAACGACAAUAAUAUUCAGUCAAUCGAAAGGAAUUUCUUUAAACAUUUCAACAGUUUAUCUAAGUUAGAUUUAAGCUCGAACUACUUAGCUAAUUUAGAUGUGGAAGACUUGAAAGAAGGCGCUGUGAAAUUAUCAGCUAUCAAGUUAUCGAUAAAUAGUUUUAAAUGUGAUGUUUUGAGUCAAAUUGUGUCAAAAUUCAAAAGAUAUAAUAUCGAAGUUACUCGAGGAGUGUCGAAGAGUAAAAAUAACAUUGAAGGAAUAACAUGCAUUGCCAAAUAAAUCUAUUAUUUUUUUAUUUGUGUCUCUAUUUUGUACUACUUUUCAAUUAUAAGUGAGUGUUUUAUUUUACAACUAUUAAAUCUGUUUCGUUU